GGGCUAGCUUUGCAUCUUCCUCUUAGGCAAAGCACAAGCAUCAAAGUUUAAUUUGCUUCCUCUCUAACCUCCCCCCCAAAAAUCUUCAACUCCUUUCCAUUGAAGUUUUUCACCAUGAUUCUCUCUGAGAAAAUGCAGCAGCAGAGGAGCUGCAACACCUUCUUGAACAACUGCAAACCCUAUUUCGCGAUGAUAUCCUUGCAGUUUGGAUACGCUGGCAUGAACAUUAUCACCAAGGUUUCGCUUAACCGAGGAAUGAGCCACUACGUGCUCGUUGUUUAUCGCCAUGCUUUCGCCACUGCUGUCAUCGCCCCCUUUGCUAUCUUCUUGGAGAGGAAAGCACGGCCAAAGAUCACGUUUCCAAUUUUCAUGCAAAUAUUUAUUCUGGGACUUCUCGGGCCAGUGAUCGAUCAAAACUUCUACUACGCGGGUUUGAAGUACACUUCGCCCACUUUCUCCUGCGCAAUGAGCAACAUGCUCUCCGCAAUGACAUUUAUCAUGGCGGUUAUAUUUCGGAUGGAGAAGAUUGACUUGAAGAAGGUGAUAUACCAAGUGAAGAUAGUGGGGACGAUAGUGACAGUGGGUGGGGCCAUGCUGAUGACGUUGUACAAAGGCCCGGUGGUGGAGAUGGUGUGGUCUAAGCAUGUCCACCCUCGUAAAUCCUACGUGACCGACACCACCGGGACUACUGACAAGGACUGGUUCAAGGGCUCUAUUUUCCUCAUCAUUGCCACCUUCGCAUGGGCUUCCUUGUUCAUACUACAGAAGGCGGCGUUGAAGCAUUACGAGAAGCAUCAACUGACACUGACGACGUGGGUGUGCUUCAUGGGGACCUUACAAGCAAUCGCGGUGACAUUGGUGAUGGAACACAAAACCUCCGUCUGGUCCAUCGGCUGGGACAUGAACCUCCUCGCUGCCGCCUAUGCCGGGAUUGUGACAUCAAGCAUAUCGUACUACGUGCAAGGCCUGGUGAUGAAGACAAAAGGGCCAGUGUUUGCAACAGCUUUUAGCCCUUUGAUGAUGAUCAUUGUAGCCAUCAUGGGUUCUUUUAUCCUUGCUGAAAAGAUUUUCCUCGGAGGGGUGGUUGGGUCAGUGUUGAUAAUAGCAGGGCUUUACUCGGUCCUGUGGGGAAAAUACAGAGAAGAGAAGUCAAGGAAAGAGGAGAAAGCCACUGAAAUACCCCAAACCAUGAUGAUCAAGGAUGCUCAACUAAAUGACGCAUUUGCCCUCAAGACCAUUGAAGCUGGCAAAGAAGCUGACAAGCUUCCUUCCAUUGCAAUCACCUUACCCAUCUCAGCUGACACUACCCCCACCAAACCUAACCAAGAGCAGCCCUAAACCCAUUGGGAGAAAUUACUUUAAUUAAUAGUAUUGGGUUACUUUUGUCUUUUUGUAACCUUUUCUUUUUCCACUUUUUUUUUGUCUUUUUAAGUUAAGGAGUUUUAUUGUGAUUAAGCAAGCAAGGAGUUGGUCCUAAUUUUAAUGGAACGAGAGAAUCUCAGUAUGUCCUCUCUCUUUUUCUGA